AUGCCAUCAGCUACACAGAUAUUUGCCUCUACGCACCAGCCUGCCCAACCAAGUCCGACGGCGCCCAAUAAUUCUAGGCGAUCACCCCCAAACUCUCAGGUACAAAGACUUUUACCUACGCCGCCGCAUCCUAGUCUCCCCGAAACCGCCGAGCACCGCACGAGUCCUCAACCAUCCCAACCAUCACAUUCCCAGCCCAAUGUCAAUACCCACUACCCCCGCCCCAUCAACCGCGUCACCCCUCAGCAGUUUCUCACCAAGUUCCAACAUGACGAGAACUGGCAAAUGACCGAGGAGCUCUUGGCCGAGAUCGAGCGGGCCGAUCUGCAGCAAUCGCAAAAUGUCGCCCAGCCUCCGAGUUCAUAUCCCAUGGCCUACGGACAAGCAGAUUCUCCAUCUAAAGACCCCGUCGUCGAACGCGUUCGAGCAACGGAGAAAUCCAGUCCCAAGGACGUCGACGGUCGCAGACCACAGGCUUUGAAGGAAAGUCCAAAGGUUCGUGAUCGCCAAUCCUCAUCUCCUUCAGGACAGAUCCAAAACCCAGAGCCACGCCAGUCACCCGCUUACCAUACCCCGAUGGGGAGUCCCGGAGAGCACCCCUCUGCCCUGCAGAACUACGCUCAGUAUCAGUACGAUACGUCGUCGAUACCUAAACGAAAUUCGGGUCCCAGCGGCGCAGACGGCCGACCUGCAUUAUCCCUCUCUACGCAGACGCCUCCUCUUCAAGCGAUCCACACUCGGAGCCCCGAUAGGUCCCUUCCGGUGCAGGAGGAGCCCGAGGAAGAGCUCACUCACCUUCUAUCAAACAAUGGGGAUACCAGAGACCGGGAGAAAUGGGCGGGUGCUGAUAUCGAGCAUCACCAGACGUCCCCUACUCCAUCUUCCGACCUUCAUCCAGAGGGCAAUUCCUCCCGGUACGAUCCCAAUCGUUCCUUUGACGGGAGAAGUAGUCGUGCCGGUCAUCGCGACGACGAUGACGAAACCCUCAUCGAGCCAGAUCAGCGGGACGAUGAAGACGGCCAGUAUACUCCUCGAUCUCCCUCCUCUGGCCUGCCUGCAGAUAUCCCCCAGGAUCGAUAUCAGCAGCAGAGCCAGUUCGUCAAACCUAGUCGGGGCAGGGCGCGUAAUGGGGUGACGGACCAGCUGGGACUGAGAGGAUUCGACCAACUGUUUGAGCCGCAUAGUGUCCCUCGAGAUAUCCCACCCCAGUAUGUCGAGCCAAAGAAGCAACGGGCGGAGCAACAGUAUUCCGAUCCACGCACUCGUGCCUAUACGCCACAGCUGCAUUCUGAUGACUUCACUAAUUUGUUGGACCAUCCGACGUCAGCUUAUAUUCAAGCCUAUUUGGCACGCUCACCACGUCCAGACGCGCCUAUCCCUCCUACCCCUCAUAGCCAGACCUCACCCCCUUCUCCCUCGCCGUUGAUAUCCGGUGGAUACGAUGCCAAAGAUCUCCCUCCAUUCAGCCCGGUCGCUCCAGUGGGAUCUCCUUAUCCAUAUCCGUUCUCUCAUGUACGGCGGUCCCAACCGUAUUCUGGACAUUCCAGCCGCGGUCAGAUGCCAGCAAACUACGAUCUAAACCACCCUUCUGUUAUUCAGGAACAGUUCGCUAAACAGUGGUCUAUGUAUGCUCAAAACAACAAUCAUGGUCAUAUCACUGAUUCUACUUUAUCUCCAUCGUCUACGCCCUUCUCCACACCGUCGUUUAACCCCUGGGCGUACUGGCACACUCAAAGAGUUCUGGGGGGCCGAUAUCCAGAUCCGAUAAGCAUUCGGUCGAGUCCUAGCCAUGAACCCAUUCCACUCCCACGCCCUGCAAACGUAGGUUUAAAGAAGAAACGCAACUCUACUGAUUUACGUACGCAAUCUGUCGCAAGGAAGCCUCCCCCUCGUGUGGAAAGCACCCAACCUCGAGAUACGAGUCCUGAGCCGUCUACAUCUGGCGAGGAGACCGCUGGCGAGGAGCAGCCUCAUUUCGCCAUCAUGGAGGAAGGAGCCAGGGUGAACGGCUAUGUCGACGAUGAUAACGAUGACUGGAUGGACGAAGAUGACGAUCAAGAUGACGAAGAUUUGUUAGAACUAGAAUACCAUCCUUCCUUUGUCAGCAGUGUCGAAAAACGUCGUCGUCGAUGGGAGACGCGCUGGGAGGCACUUGCUCAAGCAUUUCAGGCUGUUGAUCGCCAGACUGACGCUACAAUGGUCUUGAUGGCCGCUCCGUCCCAUUCGACCAAGCUGCACAUGAUGACUUCGCGUUCGAUCAGGAGGCAGUCGUCAACUUUAGCUCGGUCGCCUAUCAUGCAAGGGAUGAGAUCAGGAUUCCGGCAAUUGGCGAUUCAGCGCCGGCAGAGCCGUUCGCAUAGGUCCUCUUUGGCGGAUCGAUUCCUGACGCCGUCGAGCAUGUCUGGAAGUGGGUCUGAUGGAAGCGAGUCGAGGGAGGAGGAUUUGAAGCGGGCUUUGAGCUCUGCGUUGCAGAGUCUGAACACGCUGGGAGGCAUUUACGAGCAGCGGGAAGCGAGAUGGGUGGAAGAGAUGCAUCGUAUAAGCGAGGAUCGUGAGCGAGUCGAACUUUUGCUCCGGCAGGUCUUGGGGGAAAGACAGGUGUCGUCUUCGGACACUGACGGUCAUGCGAUUUAG